AUGCAGAGUAAUCUUUCCCUCUCGGUGAACUCCCGCACGAGGGCCUCGAUCCUGCCGACGGCGGAGCAGCUGGAGAUCGGGGAUAAGCAGUCUAAUCCUUCUCCGUGGCGGGUGCACGAGUUUGUACGGGAUGUCGUUCUUCGCUGGAAGGAUAAAGCGUACGUGAUGGAUGCGUCAUCGAUCGGCUUCGAUUUUAUUCUUUGCGUGCUGCGCGAGCUGGUUGGGGUGGAGCUGAUCACCUUUAACGCCCCUGCGUUGCUCUUGCCGCUGCUAUCGUAUAGCCAAGGGACCUUGUCAACCAAAUGUGUGAGCGACGUGCGCGUUAUGGCGUGGAUGAUAUCGCUUUCAGACAGUAGCAAUGAGCUCGCUCAAGAUGGCGAUGCUAUUACGGAUAUUCGUGUUUUAGCUCAGAACUGCCGCUUUCGCUCCACCACCUCGCUGCCCUCUCUUUCUGCGCCCAACGAAGACCCGCUGCAGCGGCUGGUUAACGAGGUUUUUUUCCUAGCCCCGGUUUAUCGCGCCCUGUACGGCCAAUUGGGCUCACGAGGUCUUCUGCAGGCCUUUUUACGCCAAGAGAAGCGAAUUUCAAUUUUAAUUGCAGGUAUGAAGCUCAAUGGGAUGCGGGUUGACAUGAAAAAGGUUCUUCAAUUUAAACAAAUGUGCUGUGCGAAUAUGAAAAAAUGGAACCAACUGGCAACCGACAUGGUGAAGUCACAAAUGCCUGAGUUUAAUAUCCAGAGUCCCGAUCAGUGCCGGCAGGCGAUCUUUGAAAUUUUGGAUCUCGGAAAGUAUCUUAUUUCCCGUACAAUAACACCUACAUCAGACAUGCAGGAGCAGGAACAGCAGAAUCCCUUAUCCUGCCUUGGCGUUUCGGCUCAACCAGCCUCCUCAGGUUUCGUCAUCACCAAAGGCGGGAAGCUAUCUACCAACGAGGAGACUUUGCGUAUCUUGGCAGAGCACCACCAAUUUCCACAGUUAAUCAUUAAUUAUCGUAAGGCGGCGAAAAUUUUGCAAACCUAUGUCGACGGCGUCCUGGCGUACUUGUACCCCUCUCAGUGUGCUGCUGACAAAGACAUAGCUGAGCGACAGGUAGGUGCUAAUCAGGGGGGUGAGAAAGAAGAAGAAGCAGAGGAUAUUUUCGUUGAUAAUGCGCUUACGAACGGUGCCGGCGAAGAAGAAGCGUUGCCGAACUCCCAAGUUCAGCAGGAUACUUGCAGAGUGAGCGGUGGUCUCUCUUCGACGGGUAAAAAAAUCACCUCGGCCCCAUCGGAGGACUUUGACUACGGCGUGUUACACCCCAAUUUCCUCCAGGAGGGCACCGAUACCGGGAGGAUGUCGUGUGUCGAGCCUAAUUUACAAAACCUACCGCGUUCAGCCCUUCAUAUCGAUCUCGAUGAGGGAACCCUCCUAAAUGGAGAACGAAGUAUAAGUGAGCUAGAAACCGAUUUAGAAUUUCGCCGCUGCUUCGUAGCACCACCAGGGUGCGUGCUCCUCACGGCGGAUUACGAGCAAAUCGAGCUACGUGUUCUCGCACAUCUCUGCGGCGACGAGGCUCUCAUCGACGCCCUCACCGGCACGACGGAUAUCCACCAAUCGAUCGCGCGCGUGAUUUUCCACAAAGGUGAAAAAAAAGACGUCGUAACGGCAGAGGAGCGCAACCUCGCGAAGCGUGUUGUGUUCGGUACGCUCUACGGCGCCGGGCCGCGCACGCUCGCCGCGCAGAUGAACGUCGACGUGGAGCGCGCGCUGCAGAUCGCGGGGCUGCUGCGCAGUUACUUUCCGACCCUCCACGAAUAUCAGCGGCGGGUGAUCGAUCAGGGCAGGGUAGAUGGCUUCGUACGCACAAUCAGCGGGCGGAUUCGCGCGCUGCCGGAGCUAAACAGCACCGUGAUCGGAAAGCGGGCCUACGCGGAACGGCAGGCCUUCAACACCGUCAUCCAAGGCAGUGCGGCGGAUAUUAUGAAGCUGUCGAUGCUCGCCGUGGAGGAGGAGGUACUGCGGGGGUUCCCCGGGGAAGUGCGGCUUCUCAGCCAAAUCCACGACGAGAUGGUGUUCGCGGUGAAGUUGGAGAGGCUGCGGGAAGUGGUACCGCGUAUUACACACGCGAUGACGCAUGCGAUGUCGCUUCUCGUGCCGAUUUGUGUGAAUGUGAAGAUCGGGCCCUCGCUGGGGGAGCUGAAGCCGUGGUCGAUUGAACAUGAGCUUGGAAUUCAAUAA